GCCAUUUUUCUCCUCCUUCACACCAGCUAGCUGGUUGACGAGCUGCGAAGUCCGUAAAAUAUCACCACUAGAGCGAAAGACAGAUUUAUCGGCGCAAACUACAUUUAGAUAUCUUUAUCGAGCGAUAAAGAGUUCUGCAGCCGAGUGGAGAUACCUUCGAGCUUAAAAGCGUUGGGACAUUUUGUAAGACUCGUGCAUUAAUUUCGGUGUGAAGAUAGACGUGUUGCAGGGCCGCCAUUUUUUGUUAGUGAAGUCUCGGACUGGGGUGAAGAUAGCCAACUAGCUGCUUGGAUCAUACGCGGACAGAAAACUGUUGUGAAAUAUUUCCUUGGACUUUAAUGGAAGCGACUGCUUUGUGUGAGUCCGCAUCGUGAUGUAGACGUGUUUGGGUACGUGUAAAUGGCGACCUUUUCUUUAUGGUGAGGUGGCUAGCUGGCUAACGGUCUAUAUUGUUUCGUAAAGUGGGUUAACUUAGCUGGCUGUUUUUAACAUCACUUCGCGGAAGAAGGGCCUGAAAAGCGGAACUUGAAUGGAGCGUUCUCGAUUUUUGUCAAGUUUACACGAGUGAUUCCAUCUAUUAAAAAAUAUAUAUAUAGAAAGGACAAAAAGUGGUGAAACGUUUAGCUGUUGUGUAGGAAAAAUAGGUAACGGUUAACCUUAGCAAUGCAACAAAGUUGGUUCGUCGCAGCCUGUCUGUGAAACGUCAGGUUGCGGUUCAGCUUUAGGAUAGAACUAUCAAAGAAAUUGAACAAAAACGUCGCUUGAGUUUAAUUUAUUGUCUCUUAAUAUAAUAUAUUGAUCGGUCCGAGCUUAUUUAUUUCUUGAGUGCAGUCAUGUCGUCGGCGCGGUUCGAUUCAGCGGACCGGAGUAGUUGGUAUUUCGGCGCUCUGUCUCGGCAGGAAACUCAGAGCCGGUUACAGGGACAGAGACACGGUAUGUUUCUGGUUCGCGACUCGUCCACUUGUCCAGGGGACUACGUACUGUCCGUGUCCGAAAACUCCAAAGUGUCCCACUACAUCAUUAACUCGUUACCCACCAAGAGGUUUAAAAUCGGUGACCAGGAGUUUGAUAACUUGCCCGCGCUUUUGGAGUUCUACAAGAUCCACUACCUGGACACGACCACAUUGAUAGAACCUGCCCCAAGGUUCCCCAACCCGGCUCUAACUGGUGGCCCUAUUCAGCCCAUCAGCGGCCACGGUGAUGAGAAUGUGGAGUAUGUGCGGACUCUUUAUGACUUCACUGGCAGUGACGCGGAGGAUCUUCCUUUCAAGAAAGGUGAGAUCCUGAUUAUCCUGGACAAGCCUGAGGAGCAGUGGUGGAGUGCAAAGAACAAGGAGGGCCGUGUUGGAAUGAUCCCUGUCCCCUACGUAGAAAAGAUAGUCAGGCCAUUGCCUCACACUGGGACAGUUGGCCACGGCUCACGCAACUCGAACAGCUAUGGCAUCCCAGAGCCUGCACAUGCCUACGCUCAACCUCAGACACCAUCGCCCCUGCCUCCUGGCACACCCGGUGCUGUCAUCAACCCGCUACCCUCCAUGCAGAAUGGGCCGAUCAUGGCAAGAGCCAUUCAGAAACGUGUUCCCUGUGCAUAUGACAAGACUGCCUUAGCACUGGAGGUGGGUGAUAUUGUGAAGGUGACCCGGAUGAACAUCAGCGGGCAGUGGGAAGGCGAGGUAAACGGUCGGAGAGGCUUGUUUCCGUUUACCCACGUGAAAAUAUUGGAUUCCCAAAAUCCGGAUGAGAGUGAAUGACCUGGAUGUUGCCAUGUUGGCGCCCUUCUCGACCUGCUGGCUGCCCUGCCGUCGUCACCACCGGAAUCGCACUUGCCUGCUUGAGGCUCUGCCACAGAGCGCAUCUCUUGAGCGAACCAUUUGCGUGGCUUUUGACUGUUUACAGCUCCAAACUCGAAUAGUUCCUAAUCCCUUUUCCCUUGUCCCGAUUCCCAAAUCUUUAUUUUUGUUUGCCCUUCAAUGUGCUGUUAUUUCCAUUUGUCCUUGUGCCAAGGUGAGGUGUGAAUACUCUGGCUUGUUGUCACGCCUAGUCAUUCUUGCCUCUUUUUUUUUUUUUUCUUUUUUUUUUCUUUUUGGAAAGCUAGCUUUGACUGUUGACAAGCCAAAACCGAUUGAGAACGAGAGACAGUCUCACUUGAAAAAAAAAAAAACCCAGAGUUUUCAAAAUGAGGAGUGGAUUAUUUUGAAAUCUUGUUGUCCUUUUCCAUUGUGCCCCCUCCUUUCAUCUAGCUUUACCCUAGUGACACUGACUGCUCCCUGGUUCAGACUGCGUGUGAGACGUAAACAGUUCAAAUCGUCCCUGAAUGGGGCUUCAGUCUCUACCUGGCUGGUUUCUUUAGAGGUGCAAAGCACCAUAUGAAUGAUUAAUAUUAAUCCAUGAUACAUUUCAGAAGCAGACUUUGUGUGUGAAACUAGUCUACAGCUGUAGCCUUUUUGAUUUGUGCCAUGAUAAUACACAUUGUGUAAAUAUCAGGUGUAGUGAGUGAAAUGGUUGUGGCUUUAGAAUGGUGAAGGUAGGUUUUUCUCAGAGGCUUCUUCAAUACAGCCCUGAUUUAAUCCCAGUGCUAAAAGAUUUUUUUUUUAGGUUUGCACCUAAUUUAUACCUUCUGUACUGAUGUGAGCAGGAGUGUUUGCACAAGGCAUCAUGCGGAAGCAUGUUUCACUGCUUGGAAUUGGUCUGUGAUUAAUGCUGCUUUCUGCUUUGCCUUUGAUUUCACUGAGCUCAACCCGUGUUGUCAUUCAGCUGAUUUCUUUUGCACACUUGCAGAUUUCAUUUGUAAACGAUCAAUUUAGUGUUUAGUAGCAUUCAGACUCAGACGUUUUUUAAGCUUGCCACUGAAUCAGUCUUUUUCUGUGUAUUCAAAAUGAACUGUAGUGGAAAAAAAAAAACCUUUUAUGGGGAUUUUCUAAAAAGGGAUAUAGAUGCCUGCUGGUUGCUAAUGCGCAUGAUUUGACCAAGAGCGCUCUUCCUCCUGACCCUGCGUUCACAUGGUUUCACUGGUAACACCUAGCAAGUGGGGUUCAGCGUGUGUCCUGUAUUUACUUUGCAAACACACUUUGAACACUUUUACAGGAUAUUCAUGCUCUGAUAUUUCACACAUCUCACAAUAUAUUGUUUUGUGUCAGCAAAACAGUGGAUACAAAAUAUUUAAAUGAUCGGUACAAAUAUGGUAGUGACGUAUUUUAACAUACAAUCUAGUCACAGUGAGGAACAAUGCUGUUCUUUAAAUAAACUAACACCUGACAGUUCUUGUGAAUCUUAAGAGAAGUGUAUUGUGUUCAUACAUCAUGGUUAUCAAGAUCAUAUCAUGUGCAACCCCACAACCUGAUGCGCUUCUCCAAGCAGCUUUUAAUUCGAAAUUGUAAAAGAAAGUGCCAACAAAUAGGCAUGCACAUGGAUGAUAUUGUUACAGUGGCUUGCUGGUUGUCAAUCACUCUACUUUGUGUCAAACGUGCUUAUCACUGCCCUCUUUGUUUCCGGUUGCUUUAUCUCAUCUUGUUGCUGUUAGCGUGACCUCAGUGCUACACUAAAAUCACAUUAAAGUGCUAAAGUUACUGCAGGUCAUGAAUUUCCUGUGAAGGUUUGCAACACACAGCCAUGGUUCCAGUCAAAAGUUAAAUAACAUUAAAUUAGAUUUUGUACUUUUUAAUAAAUGAAUGUAAAUUAUGCCAAGGUAAAUCUACAAAUCCAAAUGAUCAGCUUAAAUUCCUUCUAGCAGAUCUAUCCGUGUUCAGUUUAAGUCCUGAAAAAAAGAGGGGGUUUGAUUAUUAUUAUUAUUAUUAAUAAUAAUAAUAAUAUAUUUUAAUAAUAUAAUAUACUUUUAUUAUAAUAUAAUUUUAAUAAUUUAAUAAUAUUUAUAUAUUAUUUUUAGCUAUCCCCCUCCUUUUAUUGCCCUUUAGGGAAAAUUAUAAUAUACACAAAAUACUGAAGGGAUGUUAGAGAGUGAACGCAGGAUUAGGUCUGCUGCUUUGCAACCUUUUUCUUUUCUUUUUCUCUGAACUUGUUUUUGAAUGAUAGUGGUCAAUUAAAUCUCUUAUUUUGCUCUCCAAGAAACGGUUUUAGGCUAAUUUCAGGCAAUGUCUUAGACAAUUUUCCAAUUUUGUUUUAAUAUUAACAGUAUUACUGUGCAAAUAUUGCGCUUAAGUAGGUACUUUUACAGUGUCCUUAGUACAAUAAAAAAUGUGCCUUUUUUUUUUGGUUAUUUUCUUUGACCAUUUUCAUGUGUUAAUAUUUGCCCAUCCGUAACAUCCAUGUUGAUACGAUUACCAUUGCGUACAGUGAGGAAAUAAAAUUUACUUCUGUUAAUUGGCUCAGGUCUGCUUCUUGUGAAUGUAGAGAUGCUUGCUGUCUGAGAGUGUGUAGACUGAGGAGGUGGAGACUGAAAUUUCUUCGAUGUGGUGUUGUGGUUGGAGACUGAAGUUUUGGAUGUGGAACAGGAUGACAGUUACUCAAACACUCUGGAUUUUUCUUUUCUUUUUCUUCCCCCUCUUUUUUUUUUUUUUUUCCAAAUUAGCACCAGUCAUGAGUCCCUUGAGAAAUGAAGUAAUUAGAGAAUGUUAAUGAAGUGCUAAGAAAAGAAACAUGUGCUCUGAUUAUCUACAGAAACUUCUCAAAGGCAGUUUUUUUUUUCUUUUUAUACUUUUAUAGGAAAGCCCAGUUUUUAUUAUGCUUUUCUUCAGGCAUUGGUUAAUGUUGUGUUCUUUAUCAUCUUUCCCAAUGACCUCAAAUGUUUGCUUGAUAAGUUAAUGUGAGUAAACAACAUGCCGUUUAAUGCUAAACAGGUAACUAUAAGCUAUUGCUUGUUGGCUGGUUUGGCUUGAAAUUUCAGUGCAGAAUUAAAUGUGCAAACCUAGCUUUUUGCAAUAGUUACAUACAGUCCUGACCUCAACCCGCUAGAUAGACACCUUUGGGAUGAAUUAGAGCGGAGACCGCGAGCCAGGCCUUCUCGUUCAACAUUGGUGCCUGACCUCGCAAAUGCACUUCUUGACGAAUGGUCAAAGAUCUACCAUCAACUUCAAUUCAACCUAUAAACUAACAGGAUAGCAGAAAUAAUCAUUUAUAGCCUGUCUGUAUUAGUUUUGCUUGUUGUGUGUGAGCUGAUCUUCAGUUUUCUUCCGAUUGUGAAGGCACUUCUUUGGAGAAACUGUUUGGAAGUCCAAGCACAGUUUAAGUCCCCGAACUGGCAAGGACACAACAUGGCAGUGUGCCUUAACUAUUUUGGAUACGUUUGUGUAGCAACUGACUACAGAAAGAGGAUACCCAUGGCUACUGGGCGAGUUACUCAACAGUUAACCAUUGUGAUGCUCGCUCUUUAUUACAGACUGACCCCAUUAACAGUGUGCUUUUUUUGGAGGGAGCUCACAGUAUUGACAGGCAUUCUUUUCAGAGAGUCAGUGGAAUCGACUCCGCUAUCCAGUAAGAGCUGAUUCUUACUCUUACUCUUUCUCUACCCUCUGAUUACCAGUGCUAUGUUAACACAGUUUGCUUUGCAUUAGUUAUAAGAUUGCAUUUAAAGAACCCAUCAGGGAAGCUAUCGUAUCUCUUGAGAUAUGCGAAUCAGCUCCCAAAGGUCACCUAAUAGUCAAAGCGCUGAAUCGUUUGUGAGUGACUCGGUGAGACGGGCGCGUUUUGGAUAUCCCGCUCGAACAGGUGCGGACCAGUGUGAUGGCACAGGCAUGGGGCUCAUGUUGUACGCAGUGUGUGAGCGCCGCUAAAAAUACCAGCUGCUCCACUGUCACCAUUUUCCCUCCACAAGUUGUUGAUUGAUUACCAACAAUUUGCACUCAUAGUCUGAUCUGGAACAGGUGCGAAUAGUAUUUCUCAUGGACCGGAAACACGAUUUGUACUGUGCAUGUGUGGACUCUCGCGUUCUGCGCGUGCGUGAAAUUGCUGCCAACCACCCAUUAUAACAUUACAUUAUUAGUAGUAUUAUAACAACAGUAUUAGUGUCGCUACUCGAGCCAUACCGGAAACACGAUUUGUACUGUGCGUGUGCAGACACUCAGGAUUUGUUCUGCACAUUCUCGGAAAUCACAAAAUUAUUGCAACAUACGCAUGUGACGUAUUAAAACGCUCAGGAAAAUGAGAGGAAAUACAUGACGUGUAUCCGGGUGACAUCACGUGUGCGCUAUCCCCGGAAUUAUGGCAAGUUGCAAAAUUACUACAACAUACACGUGACAUAUCAAUCUGCUCAGCACAAUGUGGGGAACUGUGACGUGUAUCCUUUUGGCACCCUAUCCGACCACUCUCCUCCAUAAACUCGGGGACGAGUUUUGGCCUGGCAAGCACCACUCAUUUGCUUCAGGAAAUGUACAUGUCUAGUUACCAUUGCAACUGUAUUAUAAAUACCUGAAACUGCCGUAAAAUCGUUUCGUCAUACUUCAGACAAGAAGUAGACACAUUUCCGCACAUGCACAGUAUGACAGGAAUUACUAGGCAGUGUAAUAAAUAUAAUUGGUCGACGGGAAACGAUAGUGAUUUGUGAUUGGUCGUUUGAAAUAAUGGUGGCUGGUUAUUGACAACAUAGGCUCAUGCGAGUGUGACGCAGGCUUUGCACACAGGUGGAGCAUCGAACAAACCUGUUCUCUCAAACCUGUAUGAACAGAAGUUGUCAUGUGAGCUUUACUGAGAACAGGGCAAAUGUGAUCGUCAGUUGAACUGUCACUAGAUCAGGUUUGUAAAGUAGGUCUCCAAAUUUUAUAAUACAUAAAUCAGAAUCAGGUAGGGGGCGUGGCUUAAAGUUCCAAGGUUGAAAGUACAUUAGCAGUGAUUCAUACAGCUUUAUUCAGCCUUUUGUAUAACUUUUUGUACACGUAGUAAUAGGGAGCAAAGUAUCAUUUGGGGUGAAUAUGUGAUACGAUGCUAAACAGCUAGAUGAGCUUUGUAGUGUUACUGGUACUGAUAUAUAAUAUAGGAGCAAACUUCAAACAUGUCUAAACUGAUCAAUUACAACUGGUAGACUAAAUGCAUGUGUCAGAUUGUGGUAUAGGCGUUCCUGUUCUUCUGAAACAGUUUGAUUAUCAAUUUGAUCUUACACAUUUCUUCAUGAACAAAGCUUCAAAAGGAUGUCUAUCAAGCCCAGCAUCAAAACUGUUUCCACACAAGACACUUGGCAUAGCUAUGUUGUUGUUUUUUAAACAUUAACCACCUUGACUUCUGUAGCAGCUGAUCUAAUGCAAUUAUGUAAAUUAUUUAGCGGAAGGUGAAGGCAUCUGGGCCGGAGAGUGGCUAUAGUGAGUGUUAGAAAGGUCAGGUAAAUCGAAACAGUUGUGUCUCAGAGUAGGGGUGUGUAUAUGAAAUCUCUCAAGUUGAUUAGAAGAUAUUGCAGACCAGUGCAAUAAAGAGUUAUAACUGAGUGAGCAGGCAGAAUUUGGUCAAAUUUUCAGUGGGAGCAGGUUUGAUUAAAAACAUUUAAAAACUGAUAACUUGCAGCACCAAAUGAACUUUUUCAUGUCUGGCUAUGGAUUAAAAGCUUAUGCAGAACCUUGCAAGCAUUGAAUUUUAUGUUUGACAAAUUUGAAUUCAAUUUUCCGGCACUAAAAGAUAUUGCGAAAGUUGGGAAGGAUGUCUGCCUUACAUUUUAUCCUCUAGUAUGGACCAGACAUUACAGGUGACACUCAGCAUUGCUCUGAAGAUUCCUCAUCAGUUUGUGUAUACUGUUCAUGUGGAGAUGAUGCAGAAGCUCUGAACUGAACUGCAUCAAGGUUGCACUUGUUGGUUUCACACUAGUUUUACCACAGACAAGCGCCUCAGUGCAGCUUUUUCUCGGAAGCCAUGGGGACCAGUCAUGUUGAAAGGCUUCUUGCAAAUAACAUAUAUUAACAUAGAUAACACGUAUAUUUUGGCGGCCUGAGUUUUGAGGGUUAUUUUUAUCUGGAGGUUAGUGGGUUAUUUCCCAUAAUACAAUUAAGAUCAUAGUAUAAAAAAUAAACCCAAUGGGCCCUUAUCACAGAACAGGAGGUAAAAUGACUUUCACAGACUUUAUCAGAGAAUCAACAGCAUUCUCAUCACAGUCGCUUGCAAUGGAAACCUUACCUUUCACCUUGUCAAUAUCUCAAAGGCUAGUUCAAAGAAUCCACUCACAGCUGCCAGGGUACCGGAAACAUUACCUGAUUGUUACUGUGUUUGUAUUAUUUCAUAUUUGCCACCUUUCAGUUCAUUUCCUUUCACUGCUUUACAAAAGUAUAAAAUUGUCGAUAGGUGAAAGAGUUUAGCACUGGUAGCACCUGUUUGCUAAUGCUACUGUAAUUAGCUGUAUCUCUGGCUAAUGGAGAGAGUCAACACUCAUAGUGAGAAUGAUGAGUGGUUUUGGUUUGUUCAGUUUCAAAUGUAGUCAACAGUGAGGCUGUAGUGAGAGAUACUAUCAAGCAGGACAAAUGAAAGAGCUGCACACACACCACCGUCUGGCUCGAGAGUCUGUCAGAUUAUCUUGAUUCAGAUAGCAAACCAUUUCGGCUCAGUUUAUUUGCCCUCUAAACUCUACUGGGGCCGAUAUUUCUUGCAGACUCUAGAAUUUCACUACGCUUAUUAUUAAAAUUGUAGGCACAUUUCAUAUUAUUUGAACCAUAUUCAACCUUAAAUAGUAUUGUAUCCUGUUUGUGUUUUUUUGUUUUUUAAAGAUAAGAAAUGUUAGGGUAUGUUGGGAUCCAAAUGGGCAGGCUACUCUGAACUUGAAAGGAUAUAAAGUAAACAACAGGUUUCUCACCACUUUACAAUCCCCUGAUAUCUUCCAUUUGGCAGAAGGCACGACACGGCAUUCAGGUUUCUGGCCUCAAACACCUCCUCCUCCGCUUUGUUACUUGGCUGAUAAAUGUGGGCUUCAUAUGUUGUUAUUCAGAAGUUAUAGAGAAUCAACUGUCUUCACAAACUGACCUGAAGCAUAAAGCAUACUAUUACUCAAGCAGCACUAAUGUAUUAACCCUCAAGAAACCAAGAGCUAUGAUAUUGUUAAAUGGAAAAAUUGUUUCCAUUGUGCAGAUGCACUGGAAACCUCUAGCUAUUCAUUAAAAGCAUCUCUUCAACAGAAACUGGUUUAACAUCAAUCAGCAUGUGUGAAAGCGCAGCAUGUGUGUUAUAUGUAGGUGGUGUAUUUGCCAGUUUUCACCAUAUUCAUGCACUAUUUACAAAUGUUUGGAAGUAAAUAUUAAUUGUCAUCUGCUGUGGAAAUUUUUGGCAAAGCCAACAAGGUCCCUAAGCCUCUCUGAGCAUCAGUGCACCUACCACCAUGAUCAUCAUGUUCUCAAAUAACAGGAAUAUAAAAAUAUAAAUUGACAUAUGAAAUCUACACAUUUAAGUCUGCUUGCCCUGAUCAAGGUUUCAGACAGAUUGUUAUAACUAUUAAUAUUAUUCUGCCAGUCUGUAUUUUUAAGGCAAGUGUGUUUAUUAUAUUUAUAUGACACUUUAUCCAAUGACCUACAAUUGAGGAUAAGAGCAAGCAGUUGAUGGUUAAGGUCAAGGUGAAGGUGAAAGGAUUUGAACUUUCUAAUGAACAGCCCAACACCUUAAGAGCCACCACUUUGUGAAGAUUUAGACUAGCAGUUGGCUCACUAUUAAAUUUCUUAUUAUCUAUAUUAGUCUUAUAUCUACAGGCAAGUAACUGUCAUGGGGAUGUGGUAGCUUAAUGGUUAAGGUGUUGGACUACUGAUUGGAAGGUUGUGACUUUGAAUCCUGGGUCCACUGUGCUGCUACUCCUUGGCCCUUGAGCAAAGCCUUUAUCUUUAAUUGCUCAGUUGUGUAAAAUGUAAGUCGCUCUGUAUAAAGGUGCCUGCCAAAUGCUGUAAAUAUAAACUUCUCAACUUAUUGGGUUGAAUUGGUUUAUAACGACAACACCCAGCCACACACUUUUAACAAUUACCCCCAGAAACAUGGAUCCUAAGUUUGUCUCUCAUUUAGGAUCUAACACCAAACUCCUAAUUACCACCGGCAGCUUUCUUUCACGCUCUCCCCUAUUCCCCGUCUUUAUAUCACCUUUCUGCUACGAUUACACACUUGUGUAAAACUCUUUCAUAGUAUAGCAAAGUGAACAAAAAUAUCAUGGUCAUCUUCCAAAAUAAAAUUUCCCCGAAAUACUCAUGUACACAAUAUAUAUGCCGAUAAUAGUAAUAUUUAGUAUGUUAAGCAUCUGAUGUCUCUAAAGUUCUAGUAAAUUCUGUCCACUUUGCGGACAUUUUACGAAGACCAGACAUCUAUCUACAUGAAUCAAGCCAGUCAUAAACCAGAAAGGGUUUAUCAGGGUUUCUGAAUCCUCUCUGUGAGGGUCAUAGAGCUUUGGCACAUCUGUAGGUAGAAAUGAAGUACAGAUUAACCCCAGGCAUCAUCAUUUACCCAGCAAAAUUAAAGCACAACACAUUCACAGAUGUGUUCUAGCAAAGUCUGUCCACUUGAUGGACACUGUGCCAAGUCCAGACGUCUAUCUACAUGAACCUCGCCAGCCAUAAUACUGCUACUAUAAUACUACAACUAAUAUAAAGUACAUAACGUUAUGGUUUCGCGCAUGCGCAGAACAAAUCCUGAGUUUCCGCACAUGCACAGGACAAAUCGUGUUUCCGGUACGUCCGGUGACAUCACUGUUAAAACAGGAUAAAAAUGAUGUUUAUAUGUAAAUUACUACACGACGGAGAAAAAAAAACGUGUUGCUAAUAUUUAGCAAAGCACCUCGUUUCUGCGCAUGCGUGAGCGUAAGAGUCAAGAAGAUGGGUGGGACGCUUCCUCAUUCAUUAUUGUUUGUAGUUUCUAGUCAAGUUAAGGCUUCUUUUAAUAAAUGACGGGGAAAAAAACAACUGUUUCAAAAAAUAAAUUCCGUGGACAAAUAAAUUACGGUUUUUGCGCCAAAUGUCAGAAAUCUGAAAGUAUGAUUGUCAUAAUUACAACGGAAUAAGAAAAUAAUAUAUAGGAUGAAUCCAGAUACAUGCAGCAUAGAAUAUUGUUUACUUAAAAAACAAACAAACAAGACAUUUCUUCUAUACUUGAUAAAAUUUUACAGUUUAUUAGGAAGAUAUAGCACGACACUGAAAUGACUUCUCUCAGGGUCACAAAGAAAAAGGUCUAUCAUAAGAUCUGACAGUAAUUUAAUUAUUCAGCCUGUAAAAUAUAGCAGAAUCAAUUUAUGGCAUUAACAUGAAUAGUUUGUCCAAUGUAUAUGAUUUCCAUUUUAGAGACAAUUCUACAAGUGAGUCACAAGCAAGUGUAGGAUCAUUGUAAAUCACACAUAGUCACGUUAUGCUUCAGCCAAGCCUUUAUCCUGUAAAUCACACCAUGGCGCAUCUGUAGGUGUAUUAGUCUGUUUUCAGUGACUGUAUCAAGCAUGAAAAGAAAAUCUAUUCCUUUCCACCUAUUCCUUUGCCAUGUUAACAUCUUUCUCUGGUGUAGUCUUUUUAUUUAUGGCCUGCUGCUCAGCAAGAGUAGGAGAAGAGAGAGUACUGACUCCACUCUGGCAUGCUGCUGUGGUGAUAUCCAGCUGAAUGAAUGCUGUGCUCUGACAUCAUCAGGUGAUGUGGAUGUUGGUGUGGCUGAGGGUAGGUGGGGCUUGAGUAUUGCCCGGCUAAAGUUCCACUCCAGUGACCUAAAGGCUGCUCCAUGUUAUACUGAUUGUACAGAGGCAGUCCUGGCCUGGCUUUAGAGCACCCUUCAACGCUGGUGGUCAUGGAAAUAUCUAGCCCUUUUCUUUGAGAAGAACCCAGACUCAGAGAAGGUUGGGGUCUUGAAAGCUCCUGGUCAGGAACAGUGGCCAUGUCGGUAGGUUGGGACUCAAAACCCUGGCAGUCAGUUUGAGAAUCUGUGCAGGAGGGCGAGGACAUCCUCCCAAAAUCCUGAGUUCUGUAAGGAUCCCAUGAACAGAAUUAUAGUAUAGAAGUAUACAGAAUUAAACAAAAUAUAUAGAAAUAUGUGCAACUCUGCAGUGAUAAGUUUAGGGUUAGCCACUGUUACCUGUUAACUACAUUAGCUUGAUUACAUUUGGACACAGUGUACUUAAUAAUGGAUGUCGGAUAUCAGAUUAUAUACCUGUGUGAUUGGUAGUUGAUCUGUCCUGGAACAAGCUGCUCAGAGUUUGUGUAGUCCAUGGCUCCCUCACUAUGCAGACUUUGGCCAGGGUCCUGCUCUCCUCCCCAUGGGGACAUUUGCUCAUCCUGGGCCAUCGGUACUUCUUUGGAAAGCAUCAGGGUUUCUGAAUCUUCUCUGUGAGGGUCAUAUGGAAGCCUUGGCACAUCUGUAGGUGAGAAAUGAAAUACAGAUUAACCCCAGGCAAGAUCAUUUACCCAGCAAAAUUAAAGCACAACACAUCCACAGAUAUAUAUUAAAUCAAAAUUUGGGAAAUCACACCUUGGAAACAUCUGAACUCUGGCUCCUUUUCUGAAGACUUUAGUUUUUUUGCUGAAUUCUCUGAACACAGUUGACUUUUCUGAGCUCUGUGCCUGCAACACAAUGAAACGUAAUUACAUUCACACUCAGCAUUCUUUUCUUCAACACUCCAUACUCUGUUUCAACUUUUCAAUUGACCUUUUGCCAUGCGUUCCUUCUUCUCUAAAGCCCUUUGCGAAGGGGUUAUGGUCUAUCUUCAGCUUUGUGAUCUGUGGACAGGAAAGAGUUCCAGUUUAAGAAAAGUUGCAAAUACAAGAACAAGAAAUGUGUUCAGGGUCCCGUGUAUCAUUGAUAGAACUGACCUUGGUGUUCUGGUAAACCGUGACUGCUGUAAAAGUGGUUUCAGAGAAUGUGAAGGUCUGGAAGACACUCCAUCGCACGCUAUAAAGGUCGUCAGCCUGCACCACAUGGAAGCGAGGCUGGUAGCGAUGCAUCGAAUGCAGAAUGAUCUACAGAUAGAGGAGGAGAAAUGGAGAUAAAACAUGAGUCAAAGCUAAAAGGAAGAAAAAAAAAAACAAAAAAUGGUAGGACUUCAUACAACAUUCUUACAUGGCCUUUCUGGUCCAGUGGAUUGUUGGUGAGCUUCAGUUUGAGAAAAGAAAUGGGCUGCUUCAUCCAAUGGCUACCCAAACCAGGGGAAUCUGGAUGAAUGUAUGUUCUACACGGAGGCUGCGGCUCUGCCUUUCCUGCCACCUCCCACUGCUCAUUAUUCCACUGUAAAAGAGGAAAAAUUCAAAAAUGAAUAAAAUAAAUAAACAUUUUCUAAAGUUUUC